CAUUCAGCUCGAGGCCACUGGUCCACAUGGCCUGCAUCUGCAUCCGGGCAGACGGUCCCCAAGAACCACAAACCCUGCUGCGCCCCAGAGGAGCGCCAGGCUAGCAAUAAACAGGCUCUUCUCACCAUUCCAAAGCCACGAUACUUGGAGCAACUGGAGUCCUACUUAAGGAAGGAGCUGCAGUCUCUUGAUCUGACUAAAAAGAACUCUCAAGAACUGAAGUUACAGCCUUACAGAGAGAUCUUUGAAUUCCUCAUAGACGGCUUCAAGACCUACAAGCCCUUGCUGUCAGCUAUAAAGAAUGAAUAUGAAGUUACCCUGGCUCAUCAGAAGAAGACAAUCUGUGCCCUAGAGCCCCUGAAGGCUAUGGUCACAACUGCGUCCGAGGAGCACACCCGGCAGAUGCUUGCACUGCAGGAAAAGGAGAACCAUGAAAUAAAUAUGUUAAAGCAGGAGAAACAACAAUUGUUAAAGUUCAUUGACAAUAUGAAGGAAGAAAAGAUUUCUCUCCAGACUCAGGUGGAGCAUCUGCAGACAAGCGUAGCUGAGGAGUACGCUCGCUACCUCGAUGAGCACGGUGCCCGCAAACUGCUCCUGGCCAAACUGAACGAUAUGCGUAACGAACGGCUGGAAACGGCGCAUCGCCAUGUCCAAGACGUCAAGGGUGAAGAUGUGGUGAAGUUAACUCUGGCAUUAAAGAUGGCUCGGCAGGACCUCUCAACAGCCCAGCUGAAGCUGAACACGAUGCUAGCAGACUAUGGAGAUGUUGUGCCCAGGAGAGAUUUUGAAUCACUGGAGAAAAAAUACUCAGAGGUACUUCAGGAGACGAAGACUCUGCAGAAGGAUUUUGAUCAGCUCCAUAAGGAAUACGAAACGCUGCUGGAAAUCCACAGAGAGACUGCAGCAGAGCGAGACAGCUUCUGCACUCAGCUCCAGCGAGUUCAGCACAACUGCACGCCCCGGCCCGACUGGGCCAAGUGUUCAGAGGUGAUUCCUGGUGGGGCUGACCGGUGGGGCUGCCUGGCCGCGGGGAAGACCAGUGACCAGCUAGUGGAUGUGCUUCUGGAAGAAAUAGGAACGGGAGUGCUAAGGGAGAUCAGUGCCUUCCCCGGGUGGGGCAAAGGUGAUGUGGUUCCUGUGUACCUGCGGCACGAAGGCGAGGUCAAGAACAAAAAGCUGACUAAGAAGGAUGUGGUGAACAUCCUAAAGGAUGUCUGGAAGGCAAAAAUUGCACUAGAACAGCAGACGGGGAAGCGAUCCAGUCUUCCUGAGUUCUUUCUCAGCUACCUCCAGAAGAAGUACGGAGAUGCUGCUGCCAUGGAAUGGUCUUACACCCUCUGUGAGCACAUGCGACUCUGUCGAUCAAACCACGUCCUGAGCUCGUUCCGUGACGUACUCACUGGGAAGGUCGCUGAAGAACAAUACCAUGGCCAGAACGAGCUCGUUUCCAACCUGCGGAAGGAGCUGGCUGCCUGCGACAGCUCCAACAGCGGGUCCCUGACCAGCGACCAGUUCAGCACGGCGGUGAGGGAAGCUUUUCCCCUGAAAAGGGAAGAGUCCAUCCAAGAACUACUCGCUGCAAGCAGGUACAAGCUGGACAGCACUGAAGACCUCAUCGACUACGCAUCCUUAUUCAAAGAAGACGAGGAGGGGAACGCUGAACCCUUCGUUGCCAAGCUGAGGAGCCAGUAUGUCAGGGAGAAGCAGGAGUACCUGGGACAGGUGAAGAACGAGCUGGGAGAUUUAACAGAGGUGAGAGCAGACGAUCUGAAAACCGCCUUCUGCACGAUCGACCCGGCUAUCGAUGAUCGGACACUGGACACCUACAUCAGCCUGGCUUACCAGGCCCCAAGGGAACAGCCAGACCGAGAAGUUGUCCCUGUGGAAACUGCACUUGAGAGACUACUCGCGGGAGAUGUGAGACGAGUGGGGCCCUCACCCAGGGCGGGAAGCACAGCAGGCUUUGAAGGAGAGUAA